ACGUCCCCGGUACAAGUGUAACAGUAGCUGCGUCAUCGACGUACUUCUGGUCACCUGGAGGGCAAAGGGCAUAGCUGCCUCUAGUCUCAGUACAACUCAUCGAAACAAGUGUUCAUCAAGAUCCUGGUCCAAAUGGGGGACACUAAAGCGCCGUUACUUCAGAACGAGGAAACCCCUCCCCAACCACAACAGCAAUAUGGACCCCAGUAUGCACAGCCCGGAACCCCUGUUUACUAUGGGGCAAUCACUCAAGCUGGGAACUCCACCGUGCUGCUCGCUGUUCCCCCGACCUUCAGUCCGGACCCUGUCAGCAUGCAGUGUACGAACUGUGGACAGCGGAUCAUCACCACUACCAGCGUCAUCACAGGACUGGCCACAUGGGUCGCCUGUGGGGCCAUCUGCGCUUUGGGUGGCUUUCUCGGCUGUUGUUUCAUCCCGUUCUGUGUGAACAGUAUGAAGGACGUCCGUCACACCUGUCCCUGCUGUGGGGCUCACCUGGGCACAUACCGCCCGAUGAAGUAGACCGGGUGUUAACUGUGGUGGUUGGAUUUAAAAAGGCCCAUGUUUUCGGGCUUUGUAUGCAGAUGCUUAUGAAUAAGAUGGCCUAUAAAUGGCUCUUGAAGAUAAACAAAGUAGACUUCAGUGACCGUUAUGUACCUAAUAGAUAUGCUUACAUAUAUGUAAAUAAAGAAACAUUGCUAAAA